CCGGAUUUGGGCCUAAAUUCAUCCGGCGAUCCCACGCCCCCCCCGGCCCCCCGGGGAGCUCUCGGGGACUCCGGACGAGUGAAAAGCGGGGAAGGGCCCGAUCUGUCGGUGACUCGACGCACGAACCCCACCGCCACGUCGCUCAAAAUCUCCCCCACCCCUCGUAUCUCUCUCGCCGCCGGCACCACCCCGCCGGCUUGUUGCCCAGAUUGCGCCGCCACUCCUUCCCCACCUGCCUAUAUUCCGCCGUGUUUGGACGACGGCCUAUCUGGCUGCUCUUCCGCCGGCCUGUUUUCCGGCCUGCUUGCUCGUCGUCGCUCGCGGCUCGGGUUGCCUCGACCACGCCCGUCAGGUGUUCGUCCAUUUGCCUCGCCGGCCAUGGACUCGGACGAAGAGGAGGAGCAGAUGUUCGUCGAGCUUAUGCAAGAAGAGAUGGCAGCAGCCGCCCAAGACGACGAGCACAUGAUGAUCCUUGGUUGCUUGGCAAGCAUGUACGCCGGAGUGGCAACUCGUCGGCGUGGUGGGUCGGCACGAGGUCGCCGGAAGUGCAAGCCGAGACAGCGAAUGGAGGGCUACUGCAUGUUGUACGCCGACUACUUCGCCGACAAUCCAUUGCACGGUGAGACUGUUUUCCGGCGUCGUUUCAGGAUGAGCAGAAAGCUAUUUCUGCAAAUUGUGUAUGCCAUCCGCCACUUUGAUCCCUACUUCAGAUGCAAGGCGGAUUGCACUGGUUUGGUUGGAUUUUCGUCACUGCAGAAGUGCACAGUGGCUAUGAGGAUGCUGGCGUAUGGAGCUCCCGGUGAUACUGCAGAUGACUAUCUUCGGAUGGCGGAGUCCACCGCCCUUGAUUGUUUCUACCGGUUCUGCAGGGCCGUCAUAGCAGUGUUCGGGGACUAUUUCUUGAGAUCACCCACUGUCGAAGACACUCAGAGGAUCCUUGCAACAAAUGAAGCUAGAGGUUUUCCAGGGAUGCUUGGAAGCAUUGACUGCAUGCAUUGGCAAUGGAAGAACUGUCCGUUUGCGUGGCAGGGAAUGUACAAGGGUCACAAAAAAGGCUGCACUGUGAUACUUGAAGCAGUGGCUACCCAUGAUCUAUGGAUUUGGCACUCUUUCUUUGGUAUGCCUGGAUCCAACAAUGACAUCAACGUCCUAAACUGCUCCCCGGUCUUUUCCAAGCUUGUUGAGGGUCAUGCUCCCCCGGUGGACUAUGUGAUCAAUGGUCGGCACUACAACAAAGGAUACUACCUUGCAGACGGUAUCUAUCCAAAGUGGGCAACAUUUGUGAAGACGAUCUCCAACCCUAGCACCCCCAAACUUUGCGAGUUUGUCAAGAAACAAGAAGCUUGCCGAAAAGACGUCGAGCGAGCAUUUGGUGUCCUACAGCAGAGAUUUGCUGUCGUCCGGUUCCCCGCUAUGACUUGGUCCAAAGAUCAGAUGUGGGAGGUGAUGAACUGCUGUGUGUGCCUACACAACAUGAUUAUUGAAGAUGAGCGAAAGCAUCCGGUUCCUCUGGCUGAGCAAGAAGCACCAUAUGAGAGAGAGGGUCCUCUUGCACAGCCUAAUCACCAGGUGCCUCCAUCAUGGGCCGCCUUCAUUGCUAUGCGCCAGGAGAUUCGAGACUCUACAAUGCACCAGCUGCUGCAAGAUGAUCUGGUGGAGCACAUAUGGAGGCUCCGAGGCAACGCCAACGCCGACGCCAACUAGUCUGUCUUAAUUUGUUUGAAAAAUUGUGAAAUUUGUGUGCUUCAUUUGUUUCAGCACUUGUUAAACAUUGUACUGUUAUCGCCGAAUUUGUUUCAGCAAUUUUCGUCCUCUUGUUUGCCGAACUUGUUAAAUUUUAUGUUGAAUUUGUUUGAAAUAUGUCAAAUGGUCGAGGUUGGGGGUUUCCUGCCGGGGGGACGGCUGGAACUUCGGCGCUCCCCAUGCC